UACAUAUGGGCGAGAGACCACAGACAGCACCACAAGUUCAGUGACACGGAUGCAGAUCCUCACAAUGCCAGCAGAGGAUUCUUCUUCUCGCACAUAGGUUGGCUGAUGAGUAAGAAACACCCGGCGGUCAUAGAGAAAGGAAAAACCAUUGAUAUGUCCGACCUGGAGGCAGACCCGUUGGUCAUGUUCCAAAAAAAGUUCAUUCUGCCGGUAGAAUCGACGUUCGUAGCGUUCAUAUCUGUAGGAGAGGGAUGGCAUAACUACCAUCAUACAUUUCCUUGGGAUUAUAGAGCAGCAGAGUUGGGAUCAAAUUUCAUGUUGACCACCUUCUUGAUAGACCUUUGCUCGUACUUCGGUCUAACCUACGAUCUCAAAACUGCAUCGUUCAAAAUGGUUGAAAAAAGAUUGUUCAGAACUGGAGAUGGCACGCAUCCAAGAUCCUUGAGGAGAGAGAAAAUAAGGUGGUUGAAUGGUCAGAAAGAAAACGACGCUGAUAGCGAUGAUAGACAGAAAGUGGUCGAUGACAAAAGUUGAAGGAAUUUGAUUCUUCGAAUCAAUGAACCGUUCAGCUGCUGUUCAGCUGUAUUUGACCAGUUUUUUGUUCAAGAUUGUAUCUUAAACAGUAGUAGUUUGGUAGUUUCUUAUUCAAAAAACUGAAGUUAUCAUUAGAAAUAGUAACGAAAUAUUUUAUAUUUUACUUGUGUAGUUUUUUAACAUCAGAAUAAACGUGCAUAUACUGAAAACGUUCACUAAA